AUGACAGAAGAGGCUGAGCCUGCUGCUCCUGCCCCUGCAGGCAGCCCUUCCAAGCAGGCUGCGGAGAAAAAGAAGAAAAAGGCCACCAAAGCCUCCACAAAGAAGCACUCAUCCACCUCUUCAAAGACAAAGACUUCGAAGUCAAAGACCUCCAGCAGCAAACCAAAAGAUGCAGUAGCCACCAAUGCUAGUUCUACCCCAGCAGACGAACAGCAGCCGCAGCAGCAGCAGCAGCAGCAGCUAGCGGCAGCAACCCCCAUCACCACGGAGACAUCCCCGCAGCAGCCUGCUACCCAAGAACAGACGCAGACAGAGCCGCCCCAGGCACUGACACAGUCCCUUGAGAAUCACACAGACGCUCAGGUUGGUGCUGCUGCUUCCCCAGUUCAGGAACAGCAGCUACAAGAGGAAGACGAGGCAGCCGCAGCUACAGGAGCAGAAGAAGCAAGAGAGGCGCCAGAAGAAACUGCAGAGCAGGAGGAUGAGGCCGAAGAACCAAGGAUGGAAGAGGCAACAUCAGAAGCAGCAGCAGCUGCUGCUGCCGGAGAGGAAGGUCCGUCUGCUGGAGCUACGAAGACAGAGGAAAAUGAGAAGAAGUCUCCUUUGCAGCAGCGCAGCCAGAGUGCAGCAGAGGGCCGCCGCAUGCCCCCUAAGAGGCCUCAUGCUGCUGUUGAUACACCAAUGACUGUGGACCAGUUCCCUCGUACUUCUAUUAGUGGCACGUGCGGGGGCCCUUGGCGCACUUCUCCGUAUUGCAGCUGGCUGCAUGAUACCGUGGGGUGUACAUGCAGAAGAGAGGCGGGAGGCCCCCUUCCAGAAAAGUGGUCUUCUUCCUCAGAUUUCUUGGCAGCAGUAGACCUGCGCGCCACUGCAGACAAGAAACAAAAGGGCGAGUUGGUGGUUCCUGAACAGGAGAAGAAAAAGGCACAAGACAGUACAGAUGCAACAGCUGAAGAGGAAGAGCAGCAGCAGCAGGAGCAGCAGCAGCAGGAUACUUCUUUUGAAUGCCCUAACCCUUUGAUGGUUGAGAAACUGCUGCUGCUGCCGUGCAAGACUUUUUUGUCUGUCGCUUUUUCCCCUCAACUCUUCCGUUGCCGCCCCUUCUCUCCUGUUGGUCUUCAAGAGCAGUUUGAUGGAGCGCAGCGUCGCAGGGCUGGCUUGGGCUCUCGGGCCAGCCGGUUGGGCCAGCAGCGCGCAUCUGCUGCUGCUGCUGCAUCUGCUGCUGAGGAGAAGCAGCAGUCGCAGGGCAAGCAAGAAGAAAAGACACAGCAACAGGAAGACGGACAGCAGCCGCAGCAGGAUGAAGACCAGCAGCAGCAGCAGCAACAGCAGCAGCAGCAGCAGCCAGGUUCAGGUCGGCGUCCUAUAAUGUAUGGUUCUGAGUGUUUAGUAGAUGAAGGCCGCAUGCGCCUGCUGUCCGUUGUUAAUUUGUGUCUAACCGAACGCCACUACGAGCCGCAGAUGCUGCGGCGCGACGGCAUCAGCGUCUUCUGGCACAAGAGUCAGGGAGGAGGAGAAGUUCCAACAAAUGAGGGUUUGUUGCUGUACUUCAAACUCCUCGCUCUCCUCACCAUGCACGGUGUACGUACAGCUGAGCAGUGGGCAGCGGCCGCAGAGUGCGCUGCAUGCAAUGCUGCUGGUGGUGGGGCCCCAGGAGGAGGGCCCUCAGAGGCCCCGAAGGCCCCUGCCGCGCGGCUGUCUGGAUGCAGCUGCCCCUGGAGGUUCGCUGUAGUAACCCACUGCACUCACGGAUUGAACAGGACGGGGUACAUGCUGUGCGCUUUGAUGAUGGCUUUAUUGAAUUUGUCUGCUGCUGAGGCGCAGCAGGUGUUUGCUGCUGCUCGUGGCCAGGCGAUUGCCAGAGAAGAAGUCGUUGCUGCGCUUCAGCAGCUGCAGCAGCAGGGGUUCUCUGAGACGCUGAAGGAAGCACUUGCUGCUCCAUUGCUGCAGCGGGCUUUUGCUGAAAACGCAGCGGCAGACGGCGUGGACCUCCAGAAAGGCAGCUGCUUAAUUAGGGUAGCUGAUGCAGAUGCAGCAGCAGGUGAAGAUGCCCCGAGACACAUCCCCAUACCUGAAGAUUUUAAGAAGAAACUCUUAGCUUAUAGAGGAUCAGAACAAGAGAGGCUCAUUAAAGCAAAACAACUACCCCCAAAACAGAAGCAGCAGAAGCAGCAGCAGCAAGAGAAGCAAGAAGACAAGAAGGAAGACGCUGCAGCGAAGUCUGAGGAGAGAGAUGACGGGUCGGAAGAAGAGACUAAGAAGGAGCAAGAGGUCAAGGAGGAAGAAGCAGGAGCAGGAGGCGAAGCAGCAGCAGCAGCAGAUGGUGCGCAGGAGACAGAAGUGGUUUUAACUGAAGAGGAACUACAGCAACUGCCAUCGAUCCCGGAGACGAUCCCCAACAAUGGGGUGGUGUUGCUGGGCCCGCUUUCAAAUGCCCUAUUAGCCCCUGAGGAGGCGCUGCUGUAUCUGCUGGACAUACACCCGAACGUACGUCUUUGCGACUUCCGUGUUCUUACUUCUGAAGAUGUUAAUCAGCACAUCAGAUAUCCACCGUCAGCGAAGAAGACAGGACUGAAAAGAAGAAGAAGAGUUGGGGUACCUCCACAGAAUGAUGCGAGCAAGCAGCAAGAAGGAACCCAGCAGCAGCAGCAGGAGGAGGAAGAGGAGCAGCAGCAGCAGGAGCAGCAGCAGCAGGAGCAGCAAGAACAGCAGCAGCAACAACAACAGGGCGAGCAGCAGCAGCAGCAGGUACAGCAAGGAGACAGCAAGCCUUUAAGCUAUCACUACAUUCUGUAUGUGCAAGCAGCAGACGCCUUCUCCUUCUCUUCUCUUCUCGGUGCUGAUCUGCUGUCGCUCCGGCGCCAGCCCCUCCACGCUUUCACUCUUGAUUUCUUGCCUUAUCUCUUGUCAAGAGGAAGAGAAUUAGACAAAGCCUUCGUCUCCUGGGCCAUUCAGAAACCCCCAAGACCCAAAAGACUCCUGCCACCAUUCCCUCUACCUGGCAUGCCCCCCUUCCCCCUACCUGGCUUCGGGGGGCCCCUCCCUCCCCCGCACCUCCUGGGGGCCCCUGGAAAGGGUCCCCAAGAUGGCCUCCCCUUCGGUAGCUUCCCAAGAGGAGCCGCAAGAAAACCAAUGCCUGGGGGCCCCCCGCCGCCGCCCUUCAUGGGGGGUGCCCAGUGGGGUGGGGGUCCACCUCCUCCUCCUCCUCCCCCUCCUCAGCAUGGCGGCUGGAAGGGCGCACCAGGAGCAGAGGGGACUCCGAAGCGGUUUCAUCGUGGGGUUGAUGCAGACAGCAGCAGGGGGGGAGGAGGCCCUAAGGAUGUGUAUAAACCGUUUGAUGAUAGACCAAGAGGUGGGGGCCCUCCUGCACGUCAGGGUCCCCCUCGCGAUUUCUAUGAUGCUGUUAAACAGCACACUCCAAACCCGUCGCCUGUGGGAGGGGGCUCGUGGGGGGCCCCUCCCAAUCCUAACGGCAAGGUUUGGGGGGCCCCAGGGGGAGGCCACCCCCCUACCGACAGAGCUGCAUCAGGGGGCCUCUCUCCUCCGUUUUCGAUGCCAAAGGAAAAUGGAGGUCGAGGCGGUUGGGGUGGUGGUAAUAGCUGGGAAAGCAGAGGGCCCCCGGGGUCUUCGCCUGGGGAGUGGGGACAGGGGCCUUCUGGGGGCCCGCAGGGACCCCCAAGAGCGGAGGGCCCGGGGCCUUCUAAGCGACAUAGACCCGCUUAUGACAGUAAUUAUAGCGCAGGAGAAUGGAAUGGGGCAGGACCUCACAAAGAACCCCCAAGAGGAGGUGGGGGACCCCAGGAGUGGGGAUAUCAGAGAGGUGGGGGGAGCCCGGGGGCCCAGGGGCCCCCCGCUUAUGACAGCUUCAACGCACACCGCGGCGGAGAUAGCCUUGGGGGCCCCCCCUUCAGAGGAGGCCCACAUCCCUCCUACGGUAGGGAUGGAGGGGGACGCGACAAUCAGUUCGGGGGCCCCAGAAACCCUGGAAUGGGGGGACCACCGCCCCAUCAGCAGCAGCAGCAGGGGUUCGGUGGCUUCGGUGGUAACCCCAUGCAGCAGCAACAGCAGCAGCAGCACGGAAUGCCUCCUUACUCUUCUGCUGCUUCUCCGUACCAGCAGGGAACCGGUCAAGAUUACGGUGCGGGGCAGCAGCAGCCUUAUCCGCAACAGGGCUACAUGUACCCUCAACAGCAGCAGCAGCAGCAGCAGCAACAGCAGCAGCAGGAACCUGUUCCUGCGUACGUGAUGCAACUGCUGCAGCAGCAAGCAGCACAAAGGGGGGCCUCUGUUGAUCCGCAAGUAUUGGCACAGUUAUAUACGCAGUAUUACCAGUCUUUCUUAAGCUCGAUGUCGAACCCUUCAGGUGGACAGCAGAUGCAGGGGCACGAGCAAAUGAUGCAGUAUAUGCAGCAGCAGCAACAACAGCAGCAACAGCAACAGCCAGCCCACUGA